AUGGGAGAAUCAGUUUCGUUUGGGAGAUUCACGGCGGAGUCGUUAGCUUGGGAGAAAUGGUCGACGUUCUCUCAGAAUCAGAAUCGUUACGUUGAAGAAGCUGAGAGGUUUUCGAAACCUGGUUCUGUUGCGCAGAAGAAAGCUUUCUUUGAGGAACAUUACAAGAAACUUGCAGCUCAAAAAGCAGCUGCGUUGCUUGAACAAGCAAGAAUUGAUGAGGCAGAAAGUGCAAAACCUGAAGUUGUUGAUACUGAAGAAAAUGCAGCAGCUGUGAAGGAAGACAAGACUGUUGUAGGGAAUUCCAUGCAAACUCAAUUUGAAGAUGUUCAAAAUGAUGAUACUAGUAAGGAUCUAGGUGAAAAGAAAGGUUCUAACUUUGGCAGGGAAGUUUUGCAAUCUAUGGACAAAUCCACAUGUCCUAUUAUUUUAGAUAGAAAUAAUAUUUCUACACCAAUGAACAAUAAGGCUUCAUUAAGAAAGAAGAGAUCAAAAGCUAAGUCACUACCCAUGUCAGUUAAGUUUGCACUCAUUAGACAAAUUAGUAGAUUGAAUUCAAUGUUAAUGAAGAAAUUUGAAACUACAAGAGUUGGUUCUGGUUCUUCCAUAGCUUCAAAGGAUAUAUGGGUUCCUCCAACAACACCAACUAAGGCAUGUAAGAAUGAGUUACAGAAGCAUCCUUCAUUUUCCCCCUUAUCAGAAAAGAAAAGAAACAUAAUGAAAUCACCUACUAUAUCUUCCCAACUCAGCUUGAGAACAGAAGAAAGGACUCCGCGUAGAAACAAGGAGAGAUCACACAAAAAGAAUAGAAAUCUAAGACUAUGCUUUUGUUUCAAACCGAGGCCAAUACCCGAGUUUAACAAGGAAAGAGAUGAUUCUAAUAGAGGGACAGAAGAGGAUUCACUGACACUGACACCAGGAAGAAGAGUCACUUCUAGAGUUCGAAGCAAAGGCUCUUUAUCUUCUGAGAGUAUCAUUACUUAUGAAAAUAUGUCUCCGAAUAUUCAGCAUGGAAUCAAAAAUGAAAGAAAUGACUAA